UCCUGCGCCGUUUGUUGAUCACGUGGUACGAAGACGCAAAGUCAAGAGAAAGGGGUUGGAGAUCGGCUCGGGGUUAUGACACAUAAAUAAAUGCGCAAUUUAUCUGGUUUCGACUACACUGUAGGAAACUUAUCUUCUCUGCCAUUUUUGGUUUCUUUGGCUGAGAAUGAACAGCGUGGGUGAAGGCUGCACUGAGCUGAAGCGCGAAUAUGACCAGUGUUUUAACCGCUGGUUCGCCGAGAAGUUCCUGAAAGGAGACCGGGGUGAUGAUCCAUGCACCGAACUGUUCAAGAAAUAUCAGUCCUGUGUUCAGAAAGCUAUCAAAGAAAAGGACAUCCCUAUUGAUGGUGUCGAGUUCAUGGGUCCAAACAAAGAGAAACCAGGCAGUUGAUGUGACUUUGAACCAUCAUUCUUCAGAAUUACUUGAGGAAACUCAAUCUAGAUUGCACUGACGAUGUCCGCAUCAUACGUGAUGACAAAGAUACAAAGACUUACGCUUGAGAACUUUUUUGGGUGCAGAACAAAGCUGUUUAACACUUAGUCAACUGGAAUGCUACAAAGGACACGGCAGAUCGAUUUUUGUUUUUGCUUGUAGGCAGGGAAUCCAUACAUGGUAGAUGUAAUGAAGCCAGUUAAAAUGCUGGAUGAGUGGAAUACUAAGAAGCUGCUGUUAACAUGCCUCUGAAAUGAGUAAUACAUUUGAAAUUGAAAUUUCA